GGUGAAUUGGUCCAAAUGGACCGCAGUGCUGGGACAGACCUUUCUCAUGAGACCUUCAAGUCUUUUACUGAUGAAGUGCAGAGUUCCAGUUCUUUUACCUCCUCCAGAGGAAGGCAGCCCUGGUCCAGUGACUAUGCCAGCGAACCUGAGACUGAAAGUAUAACUACAAACUUAGAGCAUGGAGACAAACAAUUGGAGAUUUCAGAUAGCAGCAGUUGUGAAGAGAAGUUGAGUAGAAAAUGGAUUAACUGCCUCAAGAACAAAGAUACUAACUCUGGACAAUGCCAACCAGGUGCUAAAAUUCUAUCUGAAAUCCUUGCAGUGUCAGAUGAAGAACUGAAUGCUCUGCAGUCUUUUUGCACCGUUAAGAUAAACGUGAUCAAACAAAAAGUAAACUCUAAAGGAAAAAGGAGAAGGAGAUAUAAAAAGCCACACAUUAGAUUCGAAUCAGAAGCGUCAGAAUUUAAUAUGUUAAACUCUGCUGUUCCUGAUGAACUUUGGAAUAGAACCCAUUUUAAAAACUGGAGUACAACACUAAAACAGGUGACAACAGCCAAGCAACAUAUUUCUUCUCAGUGUCCUGAUUGUAACAGAAAAAGAGCAGAACUGGCCCAGUCUGCUUUUCUGAAACAAAAGAAGACAUUAUUGGAGUCUCUUUUACUCCAAGAUAAAAUAGAUGAACAUCUUCAUACUAAAGACUUUCUUACUCAUAUUGCAGAAGCACAUGAAGGCCUUCCCAGGCUUUCAGAUAAUCCCGGAAUAAUCUGGAAAAGACUAUAUGAGAAAAGUCAGAUUGGAUACUUUGGCCUUGAAAGGUCAUGAUUCAGGAUAAAUGUAGAAUGAUGGAAUAGGACUUGUCAUUCUUUCUCUUUACCUCUUCUCAUAUUGCCUUCUCUAACCAAAUAGAAGAAGGUGUUUAUUAAUUGUUGUACGUAAUGAAUAAGUUUUCUUAUUGUUUGUCUGAAUUAUCAUGAUUAUUUCUACCAGAGAGAGAAGGAAAGUGCCUGCCGUAGA